AUGGUGUUAAUAUUAUUCUCAUUUGGAUUUUUGCUUUCUUUUGGGUCAUGCGCGCUGAUCAUACCCGAAGAACUGCCAUCGCUACUAUCUGUGGCCUAUUCGAAUAUACCACCAAUCAAGAAAGGCACUGACUCGAGAGUAGGUUUUGGCUUUGCCUUCGGCAACCAUGCCGAUUUCCAAGUAAUGUUCGAACUUGGGCCGCAAACGAACACUAUGAACCUGACUGGCCAACCCUUCUCAUCAUCUAACAAUGCCAAGAGGCAUGCGCCAGCCUCGCCUAAUGGCAAAAUAAACAAAAACAAAGAAAAGUAUCUACAAUCGGACGCAAGUAAAUACCUCCAAGGUUGGGCGCAGAAAAUGAAGCAUCCCCAAAAGCAAAUGCCCGUGAGGACGCCGGCUCCUAAGCCCGGAGAAGUGCCGAACCUGGAGGACUCUAUGGUGGAACUGGUCAAAAAUGAUAAAGGAGAGUACGAGAUAAAGCAACCUAACCCAGGAAAUAUGCCGCAGAACGUAUUAGAUACUUUAAUGGUCUUAUAUGGGCAGAAGAGAGAUGAAGCCAAAAAGUUAGCAGGCAGCAGGACAAAAGAAGAAAUCAAGAAGAUCACGGAAGACUUGUCGAAUGUGGACUUAGAUUAAACCUGUACUGAUUAUUAGCGCGUUCUGAAGUUGUUGCCUUUAUAUCCCGAAAAUAAAAAGAAGAAUCCUGGAAUACCGGGUCCAAUCCUAAAUCCACCCAGAGACCACUU